GAAUGACAUGUGGAAAAUUACGCGUCAGAUAAAUACAAGCAGUGAUUUCAAUAAGUUAUCUCAUCGAUAGUAGCAGGUGUUUUCAACUAAAUCACAGCGUAUGAACCUCGUUUUCAACAAUGUCGGUGAGUCCGGCUCGUCGACGCCUCAUGUUAGAUCUUAAGCGACUUCAGAUGGAACCUCCCGAUGGUGUUAGCGCAUCGCCAGUCGGUGACGAUUUUAUGAUUUGGGACGCUAUUAUAUUUGGUCCCACCGACACGCCAUUUGAAGACGGGACAUUCCGCCUGAAGCUCCAAUUCACCGAAGAAUACCCACACAAACCGCCUGAUGUGCGAUUUAUGUCUAAACUGUUCCACCCAAAUGUCUACGCCGAUGGGUCCAUAUGCUUGGAUAUUUUGCAAGGCCGAUGGAGUCCGGUAUAUGAUGUUGGAUCAAUCCUGACAUCUAUUCAAUCCCUGCUGAACGAGCCGAAUCCGAACUCCCCUGCAAACGCUUACGCUGCGCAGCUGUACCAGACAGACAAAAAGGAGUACGCACGCCAUGUUCAAGCCAUGGUUACCAGUUCCUGGAGAUCACUAGAAGACGACCAAGAAGGCACUAGCUAUCAGGAGACAGCGGAUCUUGAUUCAGGACGGGAAUCAGAUCUGGAAGAGGUGACAUAACGGCAAUAUUACCAUUUCUUCACGCUGGAUUCGUAAUCGCAAUGUCCCCUAGUGAUAAGGUUUAUCAAAUUGUGUCCAGUUUUUUAGCGAUUGACGAUUUUUCGACCAAUCAUGGUGUUUGUUCCAGACCUUUGGCGUUGAUUGUAUUGCUGCAUAUUUUUGAGUGAUAUCUUUUGGGUAAUAUAUGGAAGCAUUCUCCACAUUUGUCAAGCUAUCACGCCAAUAAAUCUAAAUACCAC